GUGACUUCAGCCGGGAGAUAUUUGGAGGCUCCGCGGGGUCCGGUGCGGGGGGCCAGCGUGUGUUUGGGUCUGAAAGCGAAUCAGCGGAGGGCGCGUCACUGCCAAAGGGCCCUAUAAAUCCAUCUGCGGCGCCGAGUCGCCCUGGCAAAGCCCCCGCGUCCGCCCGUCCGGUUCCGCGCUCCCCUCCGCCCGCCGGCGCGGUUCCCCCCCGCGCCUCGCCCGGCUCCGCGCCCCCACCCCGCACAGCCCCGUCGGCCCCGGGGAGCCGGGCGCGCCCGGGCCCAGCCGCAGCGGAGGCUCCCCGGCACCGGCCCGGCCUGCCGCCGGUCCCGCCACGCUCCCCGCUUGGAUCUAAGCUUUCGCCGCGACGGGACCCCCGAUCUGGAGGAGGAAGCCUCGCUGCUGCUGCUGCUGCUGCUGCUACCGGCUGUACAGAUCCUAGCGCCGGCCUCUGAUUCUCCCAGCAAGCUGAGGGGGGUGGUUUGAUUUUUUUUUUUUUUAUUUUUUUUUCCCUUCCCUCCUCAGCUGGCGUGGGUUUUUUUUCGUGGGGUUUUUCUUCCUUUUUUAUUUUUUUUUUUCCCCCCCCUCUUCCCGCCGUUGCUUGCGUGUCCGAGCGGUGCGCGGCUCCCCGCGGUGCUGGACCAGCUGGCGUUACAGGAGCCCUGAUGUCUUCAUCUGACUCCCCGCAGUUGUUGAUGGAGUGUCUUUCUCAGAUUUCCAGGCAGGGUCCCAAGAGCAGCACCCAGAGCCAGCUCCCGCUGCCAGGCGGCGCUCCCCGCGGCUCGGGCCGCUCCCGCCGCUGCUGAGCGCGGCUGCGGGGCCGGAGCGGGCAGAGACCCCCGCGGCGCCGCUCCUGCCGCGGACACAGCACCUGUGGCGGCGGCGGGGGAGGCCGCCGGGGCUUGUGCUGGCGGAUCCCCUCCACCUCUCCAUCCAGACCUGCGACCUCGCCCCCCCCUCUCCGUACGUCUCCCCCCACGACCCCGGCGCAAAGAGGCUCCCGGCGGUCGGAUCCCGACCUGGCCCACAUGCAUCGCCCGUCCGGCCGCUCGGCUCCCCGGCGUUAAUGUCCAUCUCGGGUCCAACGAGACCAGCUCAGAGGGGCCCGUGUUGGAAGGAGAUCUAAGAUGAAGUUAUGGGAUGUUGUGGCUGUCUGCGUGGUGCUGCUCAACACGGUCUCCACCUCGCCCCUGCCCACCGCUAAUAUGCCAGAGGAUUAUCCAGAUCAGUUUGAUGAGGUAGUGGACUUUAUUCAAGCCACCAUUAAAAGACUGAGGAGGUCACCGGAUAAACAGACUCCGGUUUUUUCUAGGCGGGAGAGAAACCGGCAAAACGCAGCCAUGAACAUAGAGAAUUCCAGCAAAAAGGGAAGAAGGAAUCAAAAGGGCAAAAAUCGGGGAUGUGUCUUAACAGAAAUACAUUUAAAUGUGACUGACUUGGAUUUGGGAUACGAAACCAAAGAAGAGCUAAUUUUCCGGUAUUGCAGUGGAUCUUGUGAUGCAGCCGAGACCACCUAUGACAAAAUUCUAAAGAACUUAACCAGAAAGAAAAAACUAGUCACCGACAAAGUAAGGCAAGCUUGUUGCAGACCCACAGCCUUUGAUGAUGACCUGUCCUUUUUGGACGAUAACCUGGUUUACCACAUACUGAAAAAACAUUCCGCAAAAAGGUGUGGAUGCGUCUGAUGGCCGCACGCCAGAGGCGGCGCCAGUUUUGCAUUCCUGCUACGAUGCAAAGAGAGGGACCAAGGUUCCCGGGGAAGCGUCUGCUCAGAGCGGAGAAAACAGGACCAAGAAUGCAGAACGAGGGGUCGUGCGAGCCCAGGGUGGUGGGCGCGAGGCGGCGUGGGAGGAUGGAGGCUUUUGACAUCCUACAGGAAAGUAAAUAAAAGCUCGGAUGGAGAUGGCGACGGCUGGAUGGCGUGCACACUCCCUUUGCUGUUUGACACAGUCCACCGUCAGUGAGACUCAGAUCCAUGAGGAAUGUGCUUAAAAACACAACCCUGCUGUACCAUGCUGUGUUGUAGUUCCGUGCCAGGAAGCUUAGCUGAGAAGUAGCUUAGGAGUACCUUACUCAUCCCCUGUGCCCUCAGCUUUACUGAAAGACAUUGUGUUACUGCUCAUUGAAGGGCAGUUCCUAAGCUCUUAGGACAAUUUCUAAGCUAUAGUAAGAUUAACCUCGUAAGAUGCUAUAUCGGGCAAAUAUCAAAAUUCCCAGGCUCAAGUUCUCUAGGGUCAGUAUUGAUACGAAGCAAAACAGUUCCACUUACUGGUUAAGUUUGGUGAUUUCCAUCUCGUGUUUCUUCAAAAGGAGUGUAGGAUUUCAUUCUUCUGUUACCUAUGGAAACAAGUUGAGUUUUUAAGCACUUCUUCCUACUAUAGUAAGAGAAAUAACAAGCCCGGCCUACACAAAACAUGUUUCUUUUGGUUUACAAAGGACUAACGUCACUUGCGUAACUACAUUUCUAUUUGGUCAUUGUGAGUGAGCAGAGACUACUUGAUGCAAUGCAUCCAUUCAGAGACAUAAAUAUACAGAAGAUAUUUAUUGAGAUUAAGUUAUUGUUAUUUAUUACAGUUCAGUAAUGAGUCUCCUUUCCUUAUUUAUUGAAGUUUCUUUUCAAAGGUGCCAAAGCAGAAGGUGCUUGGAAGAUAUAGAGAGACAAUGAAGUUGGGAACAACGGUCCAUGCUUUUGAUUGAAAGUGUUAACUUGAAUGCAAAAAAUCACUUACUUUACCUUUUUUUCUUUUAAAUAAAAUCCUGACUAUGUUCACAAAGUGUAGUGCUGAAGCCUGCAGCCCUUCCUCCUGUUCACUAAUAUUUUUGGAGAUUACUGCAGUCAUACAUGCACAGGAGCAGCAAUAGCUCUGGACGAGUGAGGGUUGCAGGACUUGGCUCAACAUUAGCAAUUUGUUAGCAAAACUAAUUCUAGUCAUAUUUAAAAUGUAGCCAUAUUUUUUUCUCACACUUUUUGCCAACUGACCUCAUAUAACUAUUGACAAAUGGAAAAUAAUCACAUUUAGCCUUAUAAUUUCUUGUUAUAUUUAUUUAAGCUUUUCCUUCCAUAUUUCCGUAUAGAAGAGGUUAAAUCCCUCUUACUAGUUAGCCCUGGAUUUAAUAUAGCCUGCAGGUAAACAAUUGUGUUAAAUAAACAAAGUGUUAUGUAUAAUUUGCUGAAAUGUUACAGGAUCAUACCCACGCAGCAGAACAGUCUGAGUUUCCUUAGGAUGAGGGAGGUUGUACAGCAAAGGCAUUCAUACCUGACCGCUAAUGCAAGCUCUCGUUCUGGAGACUUUUUUCCUGAAGGAGCAGCAGUGCAGGUCACUAGACAUACCUGAUAACCAGUGAAGCAUCAACUCCCACAAAAACAACAGGAAAAAGAAAAUAAUCCCUACUGAAAACCAAAAAGUGAUGGUCCAACAUUUUAUCUCAUGCAUCUCUGCACUCAUUUUGCUCUGGGCACCACAGAAGAAGGGUCUAAAGGUCAAAAAAGUCCAGAACAGGCCUAGAAAGAUGUACAAGGUAUAUGAAAUGUAAUGUAGCCCUGACCUCCGCUGCUUUCCUAGGCGGACGGAGGGCAGCCCCUAGUGCCCACCCACGGGGGUUCUUGCACUGUCAAGAUGGGGAUAUUUUACCCUCCACGGUGGGCAGGGGUGGUACAGCUGGCACCGCCGCCAGCAUCAGCACGAUUUGGGCAGUAAAAGCCUGUGAAGCUGAGGGUCAGCUGCGCCGCUGGGCAGUCGCCCCGGUGCAGCGCUCAGUUGUGCUUUCACUUGCCCCAGCUGCUGAAAACUUGCUGCAAAGCAUUUUCUGCGCAGCUUGAAGAAGCUGCAACCAAAGCGAAUCACUAUGUUCAAAAUACAAAAGGGUAAAGUUUGUGAUUUUUUUUUAUUUUCUAGACCUUACUGAAGACAGGAGUGUGCUUCUCUGGAGUUUUUUACUUCACCUGCGAUUUAUGUCUCAGUCAUUUGUGUUAAUCAACCAAA